CAAGCCUUCAUUGACCGUGAAUGCCCUCAAUCAACACUGACAUAUAUAACUAUUCAUUCAUUCAUCUUCAACGAAAGAAAAGGAGUGGGUUGUGUCUCGCGCCACAAUAAAAACCGCCAAACACGAGCCCCGCACACGCGACUUUUCUCUAAAUAUAGAUAGAACCUUCACCCAGGAACAACGGCGGGUUUUUUCGAGAAUUGUCAGGAUUCAAACAUAGUCUACACAAUCCGAAAGAGAAAAAAGAAUGACCUCCGAUCCAGAAGAUACAGAGCUGAAGUUGGAAGUGGACCUAAUGACGCUCGACUACCUGCUUUACAAGACAAUAAUCGCGGUGGUUGAGGACCGAGUGGCUCAACGGAAUGGCGAGCAGGCACAGUCGAGGCAUAGAACUAAAAAUGGAGAUAAUCUUCUGGGGAUAUUUGACGGAUUCAUGCAAAUAUUUCGAUACAAUCAUCUCAACAAUACCAGCAGCGACAGCAAGGAUAGGAAUGAUAGAAAUAACACUGAUCUUAAUAAUAAUAAUGCAAACUUCCCCAUACACGUGAAAAUCAAACUUCAGAUUCUCACUGUUACAAAUCUCUUGUGCCGACGGUAUACUCGGAGCUCCCGCACUUUUCUCCCGUCAGAAGACGCGCUCCAAGCCCAAAGAAAGCAGAACAAGGAGCGUGCAGAGCGCUGGCUACUUCAAAAUGAAGAUCACAAAAUCAGCUGCGGGGAUGGAAGUACGCGGGUUAUGGAUGACAGGUCGUUUCUAGAGCGGAAUCGACGGGACAUGUACUUGCACAUGGGCAUCCCUUGCGAAGAUGGUGAUGACAAUACACCCAUCGUCACCCUCCUAGAUAUUUUACCAGAGUGUAUAUCUCUCUGCGGGAUGAUCUACCACCACGACAUACCAGACGUCAGCUGGAUGGAAUUGCCGGUUCGGUUUAUGUUGUUUGCUGCUAUUGAGGAGAUUCUGUUACAGGGCAAAUCUAUAACGGAAGCAGCAAAUGAGGCGUUUGCGUGGGAUUAUCCUUACAAAUUCGAGGGUGAUGAUGAUGAUGAAAAUUUUGCACAAGAUUAUAAAGCUCAGGUUGCCCAAUGGGAGUCUGUGAGGGAAUCAGUGAAAGCAUCCCUUCUUGGCGCUGAUGGAGACAAAGGGUGGGAGUCACGUAUAGGGGAAAUAUUAGAGAAAUGUCCCUUCAUAAGAUUUGAGGAAUAUGUCAUGGAAUGGUUGGCUGCAUUGCUCAAGUUCCAAAAUAUGCCUAUUCUUGUGCAGCUAGAGGAUGGGAAGUUGGAAGGGCUGACAUUACAAGAGACCGCUGCAUUGAUGGAUAGAGUUGGUAUCCAAUAAGGCUAUUUGCGCAGCCCAAGAAGGUUUUUUAUUUUCAUAUUUAAAGAAGUGGGAAGGGACGGGGGAACGAGAGAAAUAUCCAAGCCAAAGCAUUAUUGCCUCUAUUUCGAUAUAUGGGGGAUCCAUCCUAACGCCAACCAUUGGUUUCCCAAAAGGAGACCCAACCCCCGCUUGUCAACCACGAUCAAUCACCAAGGUCAGUCAUCCGGAUACUCGUCUCGAAUAUUGCUAACGAACACCCGCGACUCCGGGUCCCACCUCUUAAAAUGCUUACCAGCCAGCUUCACAAAUGCUGGUGGUAACUGAGAAAUUUCUGGCGACACUGGAUCAAUAUUUUCCUCUGCCACGUAUCGUACGCUUUUGUCGGAUACCCUGAAAAAAAGAAGAAGAACCCAACAUGUUAGCAACUGGUCCCGACCCGCAUAAAAGAUCGGUACAGGAGGGUGAUAUGGAAACAAGGAAUCACGUACAAAACAUGGUAGAAACUUUGAUGUCUGCCACCCCGUAACCUAUCAAUCCCCAUCCGCUGCAUCCACUGCUCCCCAGCUCCGCACUCGGCGUCCCAGCCAGUAAUGACAGCAACAUAGUCGUACCGACGAUGUCGGAACACCUGUCCGAUCUUAUAUUUUACAUGCUUAUGUUCCGGCGUGCGGCUCCGCACCUGUUUCGGGAUCUCAUCACCCGCACGCAGGACGCGAACACUCUCCAGUAGCGGGGCAUAUUCCGGCAGAUUCUCAAAUAGCGGUAUCAAGUACUCCUCGAUGAGGUAGACAUCCGAUUGGAAAUCGGAAGCAAGAUUAUCCAUCAACGCCGGCAGAUGGCGUCGCAGGGAAGCAUGACCAUGACCAACGUCCCGUGGUGGGAAGACGCCCGGCACCUGGCCGUCCUGGUUGGCAUAUUCCGCAAGGAGCAUGGAAGACCAAAGCGCGGCAUACUUCACGUUAACGGGAUCAAGGCAGGUGUCCCGGAUGCGCGGGGUCUGAAAGACCGAGUUCAGAAUGUUCUUGCUGCAGCGAAGAACUAUCUCCUGCACGAGCGAUUCGCGCAAAAAGGUCGACCGGGACAUCGUCAGGGCUCCCAAAAAGUUCAGCUGUUCCUGCAGCUCAGUUACCCGCGUUUCCUCUGUUGAGCGGAACGGGUCCAUGUACAUGGGAUCGCCGGGUUUGCUGAGGUCCUCGAGCGGGUUUCCGUCCAUAUCGCGGCCUUCGGCAGGGUGUAUGAUGACAUGAACAUGGAAGGGGAAUCCGCAGGGAUGGGCAUCAAGGCCAAGUCUCCGUGCAACAUAACAGUAUAUAGAUGAAGAAAUGAGAGGAAGUGAAUUAUGGCCGUGAUUCC